AUGCAAACUACCCUUCCUUCAAUAAAAAAUCUUCUCCUUGACACUCAAAUCAACGAUAGUCAUGGUUCUUCAUUUAGCAUUCCAUUCUCUCCUGUAACAUCAAUCUCAACUUAUCAUCAAAACUUUCCUUCUGUAUCUUUACAAUCAACCGAUGCUCAUCAUAUAGCUGCGAUCAAUGCUCAUAAUAAACAUAUGACACUUCCUUCUCAUAAUAUUAAUAAUAUUAAAUCUUUACUCUCCCCACCGGAAUCUCCCAAUUUGACACAUAAUUAUCAACAAUCACCUUUUGAUUCUUAUGAGACUCAACAUGCACCAAAACAAGAGUUGAGAUAUACAUUCCAGCAGGUGUCUGGAGAACAGUGCAACUGUUGUGCGAGAACUUCUGAUGAUUAUUCGUCUACCCCUAUGCAAAUGAAUUCUUACCAUAAUCAAUACUCACAACCACCUCAACAACGUUAUUCAUCUUAUUCUACCAUUUAUCCCUCUCAAAUUUCACAAUUUGAUCGAAAACAACCUUCUAGUCAAACUCUUCCACGUUUGAAUGCGUCAGUUUUCACAAAUAUUGCAUCUUUAAAACAUUUUCCUCCAAAAAGUCUUAGUGGUCAAACUUCUCAAAGUAGUUCCUCAUGUGUGAAUAGAUAUCAAUGCCCUUAUUGUUCAAAAAGAUUUUCACGACCAAGUUCUCUCAGAAUUCAUACUUAUUCACAUACCGGUGAAAAACCAUUUGUCUGUUCUGAGCCUGGUUGUGGUAGAAAAUUUUCUGUGCAAAGUAACAUGCGCAGACACCUUAGAGUUCAUAGAUUGGGGAGACCAGUUAAAAGAACUAGAUAUGAUGGUGAAGUUGAAGGUGUUAAAAUGUUGAAUCAUGCAACAAUUCUUAGAGGAUGUUACUAG